AUGAUGUCGCGGCUAUGGUGGUCGACGCUUCGCAGCUCCAAGUACGGGGACGUGCCUUUUGUGCUUCUCGGCGUUUUCAUCGGAUGGAACUGUGAUGUGAGCUGUGCCGUGAAGGGGGUCUCCAUGGUGCCCACUUUGCACCCCGGUGAGUACAUCCUCUUCGUUCCGUAUACCCUUCUUCAGAUACGCCGCUGGUUCAACGCCCCGAUGGUUAACCUGAGCGACGUGGUGGUCGUCAAAGUAUCCGACGACCUUUCGGUUUGCAAAAGAGUUGUGAGGUGCACCACUAGUAGAGCACAGGCCGACGAAUGGGGCAGAGAUCACUAUGUGGAAGUAGUACCUGCGCCGUACAGCACCCCGGUUGCAGAGGAAACGAAUGGCGACGCGGGUUCGACUGACGAAGAUGCGCUGGACAACCAUGAACAGGCCUAUUUCGACUACGUUAGCCGAAACACCGUCCGCUCGAAAGACUGGGACUCGUGCAUUGAUCGCAUUCCUAAUCCUUCCCAGUGGGUCUGGCUGGAGGGCGAUAACAAAGAAGAAAGCUUCGACUCUCGCCGUUGUGGCCCAGUCCCCGUUGAGUGUGUUCGAGGUCUAGUUCUUGCAUCCAUCUGGCCCUCUCCCCACACCCUUCAUCGGCCCCCUCCGUCAAAUUCAGAAUAG